AUGGAGCGGAUCCACGUAGCGGUGCGCUCGCGGCCGCUCCCCCCGGAGGACGCGCGGAGCAGCCCGUGGAGGAUCUCGGGCAACACCAUCGCUCACUCUGCGCAGUCCUCCACCCGCUUCGAGUUCGACAGGAUAUUCGGCGAGGAGUGCCGCACUGCCGAGGUCUACGAGACUCGCACCAAGCAAAUCGUCGACUCCGUGGUGCGAGGGUUCAAUGGCACUGUUUUUGCAUAUGGUCAAACUAACAGUGGGAAGACUUUCACAAUGAGAGGAUCGGCUAAUGAACCUGGAAUAAUACCGCUUGCAGUUCAUGACUUAUUCCAGCGUAUUCAAGAGCAUAUGGACAGAGAAUUUCUCGUGAGGAUGUCCUAUAUGGAAAUUUACAAUGAAGAUAUUAAUGACCUUCUUGUGCCAGAACAUCGAAAAUUGCAAAUUCAUGAGAGCAUUGAGAAAGGGAUCUUUGUUGCUGGUUUAAAAGAAGAAAUUGUUACAUGCGCGGAACAGGUCAUGGAUUUCAUGUCUUUUGGAGAAUCCCACCGGCAUAUCGGGGAGACAAACAUGAAUCUUUACAGCAGUCGUUCUCACACUAUAUUUCGUAUGGUAAUCGAGAGCAGAGAAAAAAGUGACGACAAUGAAGCUGAAGAUUCUUGUGAUGCUGUACGAGUAUCUGUUUUGAACCUUGUUGACUUAGCUGGCUCAGAACGCGCUGCAAAGACUGGUGCAGAGGGUGUGAGACUUAAGGAGGGUUCUCAUAUUAACAAAAGUCUCAUGACUCUUGGUACGGUCAUAAAGAAACUUAGUGAAGGCAUUGAGGGUCAAGGGGGACAUGUGCCAUACCGAGAUAGUAAACUGACAAGGAUAUUACAGCCUGCUCUGGGUGGAAAUUCUAACACAGCUAUCAUCUGCAAUAUAACACUUGCACAGGUCCACGCUGAUGAGACAAAAAGCAGUUUGCAAUUUGCGAGUAGAGCAUUACGUGUAACAAAUUGUGCAUGCGUUAAUGAGAUUUUGACAGAUGCUGCAUUAUUAAAACGCCAAAGGAAAGAAAUAGAAGAGCUUCGAGCAAAACUUAGAAAAUCUCAAAGUGAUCAUUGGGAGGAAGAAAUUCUGAAUCUGCGGAACACACUACUGCAGAGUGAAUUGGAAAAGGAAAGAAUAGCUUUAGAGUUGGAGGAGGAAAAGAAAGCUAAAGAGCAGCGUGACAGGCGCUUGAUUGAACAGGCAAAGAAAAUUGAAAAUCUUAGUUCACUGGUUUUAAAUUCAGACAGAGAUGACAGGAGUACUGCUUUUAGUAAGAACAAAAGAAGGGUAACAUGGUGUCCUGGACCAAAUGCAAGGCAAUUUGGUAUUGAGGAUUUAGGAUCUGUCCAGGAAGGCUCUACAAGCAGCACAAUUAGAAAUGAACAGGAUAUGGGAAUGCCACCACUUUUUGAAGAGUUAAUGCAAGAAAGUAAUGAUGAGCCUUGUGCUAAUGCUUACUCAUCUGGUGACGUGUCCAAAGACAGUGAAGAUGUCUCUCUUCCUGACUCGCAUGCUUUGCUGCAUGUUACCAACCGAAGAAAGCCAAAUGCAGUGAAAAAAUCAGAUCAAGAGCAAUUCUGGGGGAGAGCUGGUGAACUAUUAAUACCCCAGGACCCCUGUGAUGGGAAUGAUGCUCUACGUCACAAAAACACUGUUCCUUGUGUAGUUAGUAGCUUAUCUGCUCGAGAAUCUGAAGCCAUUCUUGUCAUCAAACAACUUCAAGAUCAGAUCAAGCUGUUGGAGGCAGAGAAGAGUUCUAUCCAAACUAAUUUGGAUGCUGUUCUUGAGCUGGCAACUCAACAGAAGGUUUCAUUUAAUGAGGAGUAUGAAGAACUUCAGCAGAUCGCUCUGGCUGCAGAAGUGCAAACAAAAGUUGCUAAUGAGAACCUGUCCACACUAUCUGCUACUGUAAACUCCAAACAGGAACUAGCCUAUGAAUUCCUCAGUAAUUUAUUGACGGAGACUCAAGGAAUAAAUGUGGAGAUGGAUCAGUGGAGAAACUCAAUUGACGUUGCUCUUUCUUUUAUUGACGAACUCUGUCAGAAUCUCUGCAUUAUGGCACAAGGAAUUCGUGAAGUAAAGCACUCUGCUCAUGAAGAUAGUGCACGGUCCGGUUCUGUGAUCAGGGACUAUGAGAAACUGUCAACCUGUUUGAUGGACAAAGUUUGCAAACUUGAAUUGGAGAAGAAACUAUUGGAGGAACAGUCCCAAGAUCAACAAAAUGAGAUUUAUAAGCUGAAGGUCAAUCUGGAAAGCUGUGAGAAGGCCUUAGAUGACUGUACUCUUCAACAUGAACUGGAGAAGGAUGCCAUUCUCUUAGAGCUCCUAAACCUCCAGAAGGAAGUAUCAAUCUUGUCAUCAUCUUCUUUGAUGAAAGAAAAGGAAUCUAUCCGAAAGGAACUUGAUAGAACUAAAACAAAGUUAAGAGAGACCGAGAACAAACUUAAGAAUUCCAUUCAGGAGAAAAUAAAACUUCAGAGUGAAAAAGCAGAGGCCCACAAAGAAAUUAAGAAAUUGCAAAGCCAGAGAACUUUGCUUGAACGUGAUUUACGGAAACGCGAUUCAGCUACUGUUGACAAAAGGCAUGAGCUGAAUUCCAUGCCACAUGAACUUUCUGGAGCUUUUGAGCACAUGCAGGAGGACUACCAAAAUCUUGAGAUGCAUGCUUUUGAUAUGGAUGCGGAAAUUUCUUCUUUACAAGAAGCUCUAGUCACUUCAAUUGCUGAAAAGGACGAAGCAUUGUCUAAAGUAGAGCUUAUGACAUCUGAACUAGAAGAUCUUGCGAAUAAACUGAACUCAACGGAAUCAGAAAGAAACUCCUUUAGCAAUGAGAUCGCACUCUUGACCGAAAAGUUAAAUGCAUCCGAAUCUACCCUUAAAAGUUUGGAGGCUUCUCUCAAUUCUGUAUCAAGGGAAAAGGAAGAUUUGGGAAUGCAACUUACUGAUGCCCUUUUGGACAUGGAAUCUGAAAGAUCAAUUUGGACAGCAAAGGAGAAAGAAUACCUAGAAGCUAAUCAUAGAUUGAACAUCUGCCUUGAUGAGAACCUCAAACUUUCAGAAGAUUUGAUAAAGGUGAGGCAAGAGCUAGGGUGUUGUAGAGAAGAGUGCAAAACUCUAGAGGAUAAACUGGCGCUUUCCAUGGAGAUUGACAUGAAUGAGAAAGGAAUGAAAUGCAGCGGGGCUUGUAAAGAAUCCGGUCAAUUUUUGGAGAAAGGAAGAACAAUAUCUGGUGCUGUGUGUGAAAAUGAGCUUCACAAACAACUAUUGAUGAUUACUGAAGAGCGCAAUUGUUUACUCUCUGAGACACAGCAGCUGAGAUUCUUGGUUGCUGAAGCAGAGGUUUUGAAAGAGAAUUGUGACAGAAAGUUAAUACAUGCCAAAGAUACAAUAGAUGAGUUGAGCUCUAGGAUAUCUGUCAUGGAAGUCAAUAUGAAAAAUGAUGCUGCGGCUAAUAACAAAGAGAAGACAAAGCUUCGCAUGGUGAUUCGAUGGCUGCGCCCACAACUUGACGCCCAUCGUGGUCGGCUCAAAGAAGCGAUGGAUGAGAUGAAGACCAUGGAUGCCAAAUACCAAGAAGCAAGCACCAAGCUGAAGAAGGAGCUUUCUCAGAAUGCUCGCGAAGUCCUGAGGUUGAGAGGGAUGCUUAAAGAAUUACAGUGCGCAUCAAACUGA